AUGAGUGAAUCGGUAGCAACCGAUAGCACAAUGGGCGUACAAUCGGAUUCCGGGCAGGACGCGUCACAAGGGGGCGGUGGUAGUGAUAACCAUGGCGCGCAAAAUGGCACCGGAAGCGGGCAGUCCUCAACGGAGCAUCAUGGGCCGCCACCUCCUGGUGUACCACCGGGUGGUUCCGCCGGAAACAAUGGCAAUCUGGCGCUUCACCACAACUCGCAACACCUGCACCAGCAUCAUCAUCAUCACCAUCACCAUCAUCACCUGCAGCAGCAACAACAGGGCAACGAUGGAAGCGUGUCGAUUGCGACGGGUGACAGCGAAACGGGUAGCUUCUAUGACCAAAAAACCGACGUCUCGUCACAUCAGCUAGACGACGAGGACGGGCUGGGCCCGUUGCCGCCAAAAUGGGAGAAAGCUUACACGGACAGUGGCGAGGUGUACUUCAUUGACCACAACACCGGCACAUCACACUGGCUGGAUCCGCGGUUGUCAAAGUUUCAGAAAAAAUCCCUCGAAGACUGCCAAGACGACGAGCUACCGUACGGGUGGGAGAAGAUCUGCGAUCCUCACUACGGCACGUACUACAUCGAUCACGUCAACCGGAAAACGCAGUACGAAAACCCCGUCCUGCAGGCCAAACGAAUGCAGGAACGCAGCGGAUCCUCCGUCGACGGACCGAACCCACUCGAUGGUGGAGGAGCGAGUGGUGGAGGACCACUGGGUGGGGGUGGUGGUCCCUUGGGUGGUGGCGGUGGUGGUCGUGUGAAUCAUUUCACCAAAAACCCGGCAAACCUGCGUGGGGAGCGCCUGAUGACGACGUUGGUUAAAUCGAUCCGCGGUCUCGGAUUUACGAUCGUCGGUGGUGACGACAACGUGGAGGAGUUUUUGCAGAUUAAAUCGAUCGUCCCGAACGGACCGGCGUGGAUGGAUGGCCAGCUAAAGAUGGGCGAUGUGCUGGUGUACGUGAAUGACAUCUGUGUGCUUGGGUUUACGCACCACGAGAUGGUGAACAUCUUCCAGUCGAUCAUGGCUGGGGAGGAGGUGCAUUUGGACGUGUGCCGCGGGUACCCGCUGCCGUUCGAUCCGAACGAUCCUAAUACGGAGGUGGUGACGACGAUCGCGGUUGAUGGGCUGGUCCCGAACGGUGGUGCCGUGAUAGCGGACAGUGAGCUGAAGUUUUUGGAAAACGGUGGCUUCAUGGUAGACCACUCGUCGGGAGGAUCCUCCGAUGUGCUGCACAAGAACCCGCUGGCGAAGAUACAAUCGUCGGGGAGCGGGCCAACGAUCACCUCUAACGGAGGGGAUGUUUACUUCAACGACACGCUCUCGUACCAGCAGCACUACAACAAGGGCAAAGCAUUCGAUAUGCCACCGGAAAUCCUGCACAUCAACAUCGUGAAAAGCGACAACGGGUUUGGGUUCACGAUCACGGACAGUUCGUACGGACAGCGCGUGAAGAAGAUCCUCGAUCGGCAGUGCUGCAAGAACCUGCAGGAAGGGGACGUGCUGCUCAGCAUCAACUCGAUCCCGGUGAAGGACAUGAGCCACAACGAGGUGGUGCAGGUGCUGAAGGAUUGCCCGAAAAACAUCGAAACCACGCUGAAGGUGCAACGCGGGCCAGCACCGGCCGGGGGUGGCAUGAUGGUCGGACCGGGAGCACCCUCUUCGGCCUCGGGGUCGCUUCCCGCCAGCAGCAAGCUCACGAACAAGCUGCGAAAAAGCAUCGAGAUGGCCAAAUUUGGUUCCGGCGGUGGUGGGAUGCUGAAAAAGGACGGCCCCGGGGUUGGUAGUAAUCUGUUUCGCAGCAAAACACCGACGGCCGAUCUGUACAGCACGCAGGCGAAGGAAAUUCUCCCGACACGCCCGAAAACGCCACUCGUCGAUACGCGGGCACGUGCGAAAACGCCCUCCCUCCCGUUGGCGGAACUGAACGCGGACGAAAUCGAGCUGGAUGGUGCGGGUGGGAAGAGUGUGACCGAUUCCAAGCUGGAGCUGAACAUGAAAUCGAAUGGAAGCGCGCACGAUAACGAUUCCAUCGCGAACGAUAUCGCGCUUUAUGGGCACCAUCAUCCGGGUGAUGAUCAGUUUCAUCAUCAUCAUCACCAUCAUUUGGCGCAUCUUGGGCAUCUGAAACAUCCGACGCUUUCGGAGAGGCUGGGUGAGCUGACGAUUGGCGGAAGUUCGAAUAACAGCACAAGCGAUACGGCUAUUUACCACAACCACGGGCAGCAGGGUGUUGGAGGGCAUUCGUACGCGGGUGGAGGUGGUGGAUUCCACCCGACGAACAGUAUGGGAGGACCGGGACGAGCGAGUGCCGGUUCUAAUGCCGGAGGAGGGUACAAUCAGCUUUACUCCCCACCAUUGGUUCCACCACCACCGGUGCCACCGCUUGGACAAGGGCAAGGAUAUCAUCACGACAAUUGUUUCUGCUACGAUUGCCAGGACUACCGGCAACAGCAGCAGCAACAGCAGCAUCUAAUGAACCGUCAGUUUCCGUCUCAACCAAUGCAUCACAUGAACCCAUCGCCCCACGGAACGUACAGCUUACCACCGCAGAUGAGCGACAACAUUGGCAAGCGGCUAAACGAUUACCUAAUGGAUCGAAAGCGAUCGAUGCAGCAAUCGGGCAAUCCUGGACCACCGAUUGGGGGUGUCCCACAGUACGACAAUCUCUACCUUCCCCACAACCUGCAACAGCAGCAGCAGCAGCAGCAACAGCAUCAACAAAUGGCACCACAUCCGAUGCAUCAUCUGCAACAAUCACCCGGCGGUGGGAAUGGGAUGUCGUUGUACGAUACCCAACAGCAGCAACAGUUGUCCCAUUUCUACGGCCAUCCAGCACAGAUGCAUCCGGCUGGAAAUGGUUGGAAAAUGGCACCAGGACAGCAGCAGCAGCAGCAGCAACAGCAACACUCACCAUCACUGCAGGCGCAACAGCACAACAACAUCUACGGUGCGGGGUUCCCGGGUGGUGGUAACGGGUUCGCAGGACACGGGCUGGAUGAGUACUCGCUGACUGAGGUGACGCUCGAACGGCAAGCGCUUGGUUUCGGUUUUCGCAUCGUUGGCGGCACGGAGGAAGGAUCACAGGUGACCGUGGGUCACAUCGUGCCGGGUGGGGCCGCUGAUAAGGACACACGCAUCGCGACAGGUGACGAGAUCCUCAACAUCAACGGUGUGAAUGUGGAAAAUGCCUCCCACCAUCGGGUGGUACAGCUGAUGGGUGAAGCCGGACUCCGAGGCCAAGUGACAAUGAUUCUCCGGCGGAGGCAACUCACGAAACCGAUGGUUCCACCGCCCCCGCCACCACCCUUUCCCGCGAAUCCUCGCUACCCGUACAACGUGCUCGUGACACGGAAGGAAAACGAAGGUUUCGGUUUCGUGAUCAUUUCCUCGUCCGGACAGUUUUUGGGCUCCUCGAUCGGUGAUCUCAUCCCGGGAAGUCCGGCGGAGCGGUGCGGUGAGCUGAAGAUCGGUGAUCGGAUUAUUGCGGUGAACUCGAUCGACAUUACGGGCAUGAGCCACAGUGACGUGGUUAACCUGAUCAAGGAGUCCGGGCUGCAGGUGAAACUGACGAUCGAUAGUCCGCGUGAUGGCAUCAUGCAUCCUGCGAUCGGAUCGCUCAUCCAACCGAGUGUCCCUACAUCCGCUCCACCGCAUGGUGGCGUCAUGAAUGGCGGUGGUGUUGGAGGAGGUGGAGGAGGUCCAAUGCUUAGCUCCAACACGGACCUGUACGUGAGCAGCAACAGCACGGCUAGCGGCAGCAAUGGACCGACGAUCAACCGGUACCCGGCGAUCAUAUCCUGA